GCAGUUCUCAUGAUGACUCCAACGGACGAUAUUGGAGCCUCUAAUAAUUCUAAAACCGGUCGUACACGCGACUCUGAAACGCCACAUUGACGGUUCAAACUCUGCGCAAACUUUUGCAACUUUAAUAAUUUAACAACGUUUUGCAACUUCGAAUUUUUACGUUAAGUGUAUGUUAGUGUUAAAUAGCUGUUAUUUAAGUGAUUGUUAGUUAGAUGUUAUUUAAUGAAACGUUGCACGAACCAACAAGUUAACCUUAAUCAUCACCUUUGAAUAUUUUAUUAAUCGAGCUACUUAUUGCACAAGUGAAUAAAGAAACGAAUUUGUUAUAGUUCAAUUAUCAUUAACUGGAAUCCGGUCAUGUAGUUAAAAAAUGCCUACUUCGGGACUAGUAGUAUCGAUACUAGUACUCCUAGUUACGUGCGAAGCGGAACCUGCUACUGAAUUCAUAGAAGCUUCGGAUGGAGGUAGUGCCUCCUUACCGUGUAACCUUAGUCCUUCGGGUGCUCCGGACAAAGUUAGUGUAGUGUUGUGGUAUAAAGGUGUCGAGCAAAAUCCCAUUUACAGAUAUGACGUUCGUGGUAAUCAACCGGUACGUUGGGCGGAACCUUCGCUACAAAACAGAUACUUUUUACGGAUUCUAGACGAUCAUAGGGCCGUUAUGAGUAUUUCACCAACUAAACUUAGCGACGAGCACGUCUUUCACUGCAAAGUCGACUUUAUGAAAUCGUCAACGAGAAUCACGCAUGUCAACUUAACAAUCAUUGUGCCCCCUUCGGGUGUCCAAGUGAGUGAUGACUGGGGCCUUGUGAGAAAUGGAAUCACAACGGCUUACGCUGAAGGGGCAAGUCUAACACUAACAUGCGUUGCUAGUUCUGGGAAGCCCCUCGCUAGGGUCUCGUGGUGGAGAGACGGAGAGCUUGUUACUGAUGAAACUGAGUAUUUUUCCGAUCGUCGGAAAUCCCAGAGCGUUCUCAAAAUUGACAAGCUCACUCGUUUGCACCUUCUAGCUAUAUACAGUUGCGAAGCAAGCAAUAGUAGACUCCAGCCACCCUUAGUUGUACGUACUGCUAUCGAUAUGUACUUACGACCACUAGAAGUUACACUUAUUGGAAAUAAUCCAGAAUUUAGCGCUGGAAAACGCUAUAAUAUCACCUGCAGAUGUCGUGGAUCGAGGCCACCUGCAAUCAUUACUUGGUGGAAGGAUGGACGGUCACUAGAAGGCGGAAUUGUAAACGUGAGUCCUGAUGGGAAUACAACGACGAGUGCACUUGCCUUUACGCCCACGGCUGCUGAUAACGGUCUGAUUCUCACGUGCAAGGCGUCGAACCAACGAAUACCAUUUAGUGAACAAACACGCACGUGGAUGCUGGGAGUUUUAUAUCCCCCCAAAGUAACUUUAACAUUGGGUCAUGGCUUGAAUGGUAAUAACAUAAAGGAAGGUGACGACGUCUACUUUGAAUGUCAUCUCACAGCCAAUCCGUGGGUUUACAGAGUGUGGUGGCUCCGUAACGGUGAAAGACUACUCAGUAAUACUACUGCAGGAAUUAUAGUUAGUAAUCAGACCUUAGUUUUGCAGGGUGUUACCAGAUCUAGUUCGGGCCGUUACUGUUGCGAAGCUACAAAUAAGGAAGGAUCGUCGAGGAGCCCAGUCUUCCAUCUCAAAAUAAAAUUUGAACCUGUAUGUGGAGAGGGAACAAGAAAAAUUUUGGGCGCCGCCAAAGAUGAACCACUGAAGGUAGAAUGUAAGGUCGACGCAGAGCCCAUAGCAACGACGUUCCGUUGGAGUUUCAACAGCACCCCUGGGGUUUUCAGGGAGUUGACGGACUUUAAGACCGAGACCGGAGGUACCAGUGUACUGACGUACGUGCCAAGGGUAGCAGCAGACUACGGCACUUUACAGUGUUGGGGUCAGAACGAUAUCGGAUCUCAAGCAUCUCCGUGUACGUUUCACAUUACGCCAGCCAGUCGCCCGGAUCCUCCACACGAAUGUAACGUUGCCAAUGUUAGUCAUCAUUCCGUAAUGAUUACAUGCAAAAGAGGAUUUGACGGAGGUCUUCGGCAAAAGUAUGUACUGACACUAACUUCCGGAGACACUUUCAUAGCGAAUCUUUCCGCCUUAGCGUCGCCGGAUUUCAACAUAUCAAACUUGGAAGCUGAUCGCGAUUACACAGCAACCAUACAUUCAAUAAACACAAAAGGUCCUUCCAAGAAUACAGUCCCGCUGGUGUUAAAAACAUUACCGGCGCCAGGACUUAGAGAACAACGAAGAUCAACAGAACCCAAUGAUAGUGCUUUAAAAUCAACAACUGGCCCGUGGCUUUACAUAUUACUAGCUGCCGCGUCGACAUUUAUAAUUGCCGCUGCAAUUGGGGCUAUAUUAUUUGCAGUCCGAAGAUUUAAAGUCGAUAGUCCAGUUAGAAACCCAAGAAUUAGAAGUCCUAAAAUAGCAGAGAGCUCUUUGACUGCUCAUGUACAGCCCCUCUACACUGACACAGUAUCAGAUGAUAACAAUCCGGAUCUAAUACCAGAUGCUCCUAAUAGUGAAGCUCUACUAGAAGCACCUCUAACCCCUUACACGAUAACAGCGCGACCUUCGAGCAAAAGAAAUUGUGCCACUCAAAUGCCCGUGAAACCGUACCACGUGACAUGGGCACCUAUUCUACAAUCUCGCAACUGCUCCACACAAACCCCUCCUCCACAUAAAGAGAGCUCAGUCUAGUCCACGGAAACUCCCCCGGGACCUACUCAAUGUCUCAGGGGAGAAAGGCCCCCAUGGGUUCUAGCGCAAGGUUUUUGGGGCCCUGGAUGUGUUUUUAUUGUUGAUGGUCCUUCUAGAAAAACUUGUGACAAACCCUGUCUCCCCAAUCAGAAGUCUCGGCAUCGGGACCAAUACCACCUGUGAUAUUUGUGAAUAUCUCUCAUAUUUUUAAGUAAUUUAACUAAUUGUGACAUUUAUCAAAAAAAAAAACUCGACGUUUAAAGCUGUUAUUUAUUUCAUUGUGAAUAAAAUAUCAUUACCAGUG